AUGUCCGGCGAGGUUGGUCCAACAAGCAAUGACAUUAGCUUUCCAAAAGAGCAAGAAUACGAGGCCUCGAAGAUUAAUAACAAGUUCAACCCAACCAGUCCACGGAAGGUCGGCUUCCUCUCUUUCCGACAUCUCAACGCCGUCGCUCUCAUAAUCAUCUUAUCGGCCAGCGGCAUGGUAAACCCUGAAGACUUAGCUUUUGUCUUAUUUUCCCUCUUCUACAUGUACUUUAUCUCCAAGGUUGCAUUCCCAACCCUCCACCCUUCAAAGGAACCUACAAUCUUUAGCCCUCAAAACAAGCUUCUUCGCAUCUACGUACUUGUUGGUGCCAUCAUUGGUCUUUUCCUCCCUAUAGCAUACAUAGUUCAUGGCAUCUACGAAGAUGAUAAAAAAGGAAUCGAGGCCGCUACACCGCAUGUUUUUCUUCUCGCUAGCCAAGUUUUCAUGGAAGGAGUAACAUUCUCGGACAGGUUUUCGUUGCCAAUACGUGUGUUUGUGCCGGUUUGCUUUAAUACAAGGAGGAUCUUUACCAUCGUGGACUGGCUGAGGAGUGAGUUCUCGAAGGUUGAGGAGGAAUCGGGAGGGUUUGAAAGGAGAUCACACGCCGGCAGAGGGCUCGCCGUUGCUAACAUGGCCUUUUGGUGCUUCAAUCUUUUUGGGUUCUUGUUGCCCGUCUAUCUUCCUAAAGCUUUCAGGAGAUAUUACUCUGGGGAUAAGGUGUGA